GAGUUUUCAUUUCCAGCGACAGCCACAAGCCCACCAGCAUGGCGACGGAGCACCAGGUGUGGGUCGAGUUCCCAAAGUCGGUGGCGACGGCGCCGUCUUCGCUGGCCAAGGCGAGCCUCGGCAGCUGGAUUCGCGUCUUCAUGAGCACCGACGCGACGCCGCUGGAAGGUAGCCUCUUCACGCUGGACCCGACCUCGGGCUUCCUCGUGCUCGAGGCCGCAGACGAGACGCAGCUCGUGCACAUGGACGCGGUCGUGCGCAUCGAGGCCAUGGACACGCCGUCGAAUGCGGCGCCGGCGCUCAGCGUCACGGAAGACGACCUCCGGAAGCUCGAGCUGCGCACGCGCCAGCAGGCCGAGAAGGCGAUCGCAUCGAUUGGCAAGAACGUGUCGCCAUUUGGCCAAGCCAUCUUUGACGCGCUGAGCAAGACGAUGCCGUGCGAGUGGGAAGACCAGAACAUCCGCGUCAUGCACGAAGUCGUCAUCCUCCCGCCGUACGCGUCCGCGUCGUGCCAAAGCGCCAACAAGGCGAUGCUCGACCGGAUCAAAAAGGUGCUCGACGGCGAGCACCGCAAGCUGCGACUCAAGCAAUAAUCCAAUCUUGUAAACGCAUUUGCAUUGUUGAUCCGAUCACAGCUACUUCGUCGUGAA